AGCGCAGCUUGGGAGGUCGAGUCGAGCAGAGUCGGGCGAGGUGGACCAAGCGAGCGGCUUGGGGAGCAGCGCAGGGCCCGAACCCCGCUUUUCCAGACCAACCACUGCUCUGCCUGCCCACGUCUGGCGGUUUGCUGCCAGACACGCCGGUCCCUGCGCUCCUGGCCCGGGAGGCGUGGCACCGCCUGGGCUGCAGACGCGGAGGAAACUGAGGCCCAAAGAGGUUCGUGAAAGCAGCUGAGAUCACACAGGAAACCUCAGCCAGGAUGGGACUGGCCGGGAGGCAGGAUUGCUCCUCUGAGGUGAUGCUGACAGUCAGCCUGCUCCUCUGCACUGUCUUCGGUGGGGCCUGGACCGCAGGGGUGGCUGAGUGCCCUGACCAGAGCCCCGGGCUGCAGCCCUGGAGCCCGGGCCACAACCGGGACCACCGUGUGUCCAUCGGCCAGGGCAGCGCGCUCCUGCUGACCUCGUCCGCCACUGUCCACUCCAUCCACAUCUCCGACGGAGGAAAGCUAGUCAUUAAAGACCACGAGACCAUUGUUUUGCAUGCCCGGCACAUCCUGAUUGACAAUGGAGGAGAAUUGCAUGCUGGGAGUGCCCUCUGCCCUUUCCAGGGCAAUUUCAGCAUCGUUUUGUAUGGCAGGGCUGAUGAAGGUGUUCAGCCAGACCCCUACUUCGGGCUGAAGUACGUCGGAGUCGGCCAGGGAGGCACCCUGGAGUUGCACGGCCAGAAAAAGCUCUCCUGGACGUUUCUGAACAAGACCCUUCACCCGGGUGGCAUGGAGGACGGAGGCUAUUUUUUUGAGAGGAGCUGGGGUCACCGUGGGGUCAUUGUUCAUGUCAUUGACCCCAAAUCAGGGACAGUCAUCCAUUGUGACCGGUUUGACACCUACACGUUUAAGAAGGAGAGCGAGCGUCUGGUGCAGUAUCUGAACACGGUGCCCAACGGCAUGAUCCUGUCCAUCGCGGUGAAUGAUGAAGGGUCUCGAAACCUGGACGACUCAGCCCGGAAGGCAAUGACCAAACUGGGCAGCAAGCACUUCCUGCACCUCGGGUUCAGACACCCAUGGAGCUUCGUGACGGUGAAGGGGAGCCCUGCCGCCUCCGUGGAAGACCACAUGGAGUAUCACGCAGGUCACCGCGGCUCAGUCGCUGCCCGGGUGUUCAAGCUGUUCCGGUCGGAGCACGGCGAAUACUUCAACGUCUCCUCAUCCAGCGAGUGGGUUCAAGAUGUGGAGUGGACCGAGUGGAUCGACCAUGACAAAGUGUCACACACGAAAGGUGGGGAGAAAAUCUCAGACCUCCGGGCGGCUCACCCAGGAAAAAUCUGCAACCGCCCACUUGAUAUACAGGCCACGACAGUGGAUGGGGCCAACCUCAGCAUCGAGGUUGUCUACAAGAGAGGCCAGGAUUAUAGGUUUGUGUGCUAUGACCGGGGCCACGCCUGCCAGAGGUACCGAGUGCGGUUCCUGUGUGGGAGGCCCGUGAGGCCCAAACUCACCGUCACCGUCGACACCAGCGUCAACAGCACCAUCCUGACUCUGGAGGACGACGUGCAGUCGUGGAGGCCUGGAGACACCUUGGUCGUUGCCAGUACCGAUUACUCCAUGUACCAGGCAGAAGAGUUCCAGGUGCUCCCCUGCAGAGCCUGUGCCUCCAACCAGGUCAGAGUGGCAGGGAAACCGAUGUACCUGCACAUUGGGCAGGAGGUCGACGGCGUGGACAUGCGGGCCGAGGUGGGGCUCCUGACCCGGAACAUCGUGGUCAGGGGGGCGAUGGAGAGCACAUGCUACCCCUACAGCAACCACAUCUGCAACUUCUUUGACUUCGAUACGUUUGGGGGCCACAUCAAGUUCGCCCUGGGCUUUAAGGCGGCACACCUGGAGGGCGUGGAGCUGAAGCACAUGGGGCAGCAGCUGGUGGGCCAGUACCCGAUCCACUUCCACCUGGCCGGGGACGUGGACCAACAGGGCGGCUACGACCCGCCCACCUACAUCCGGGACCUGUCCAUCCACCACACCUUCUCCCGCUGUGUCACCGUCCAUGGCUCCAACGGCUUGUUGGUCAAGGACGUGGUGGGCUACAACUCUUUGGGCCAUUGCUUCUUCACGGAGGACGGGCCGGAGGAACGCAACACCUUUGACCACUGCCUCGGCCUCCUGGUCAAGUCUGGGACCCUCCUGCCCUCUGACCGUGACAGCAGGAUGUGCAAGACAAUCACCGAGGACUCCUACCCGGGCUACGUCCCCAAGCCCAGGCAGGACUGCAAUGGUGUGUCCACCUUUUGGAUGGCCAACCCCAACAACAACCUCGUGAACUGCGCUGCUGCAGGGUCCGAGGAGACAGGAUUCUGGUUCAUUUUCCACCACGUGCCAACGGGCCCCUCGGCGGGGAUGUACUCCCCGGGCCACUCGGAGCACGUCCCCCUGGGCAAGUUCCUCAACAACCGGGCACACUCCAACUACCGGGCUGGCAUGAUCAUAGACAACGGUGUCAAAACGACCGAGGCCUCUGCCAAGGACAAGCGGCCCUUCCUCUCUAUCAUCUCUGCCAGGUACAGCCCUCACCAGGACGCCGACCCGCUGAAGCCCCGGGAGCCGGCCAUCAUCAGGCACUUCACCGCCUACAAGAACCAGGACCACGGGGCCUGGCUGCGCGGCGGGGACGUGUGGCUGGACAGCUGCCAGUUUGCCGACAACGGCAUCGGCCUGACCCUGGCCAGUGGAGGGACCUUCCCGUACGAUGAUGGCUCCAAGCAGGAAAUAAAGAACAGCCUGUUUGUCGGCGAGAGCGGCAACGUGGGGACCGAGAUGGUGGACAACAGGAUCUGGGGCCCAGGCGGCUUGGACCACAGCGGAAGGACCCUCCCCAUAGGCCAGAAUUUUCCGAUCCGAGGAGUCCAGUUCUACGACGGCCCCAUCAACAUCCAGAACUGCACCUUCCGCAAGUUCGCCGCCCUGGAGGGCCGGCACACCAGCGCCCUGGCCUUCCGUCUGAACAACGCCUGGCAGAGCUGCCCCCACAACAACGUGACCGGCGUCGUCUUUGAGGACGUCCCGAUCACUUCCAGAGUGUUCUUCGGGGAGCCCGGGCCCUGGUUCAACCGGCUGGACAUGGACGGGGACAAGACCUCGGUGUUCCAUGACGUGGACGGCUCCGUGUCCGAGUACCCCGGCUCCUACCUCACCAAGGCCGACAACUGGCUGGUCCGGCACCCGGACUGCAUCGACGUCCCCGACUGGAGAGGGGCCGUCUGCAGCGGGCGCUACGCACAGAUGUACAUUCAGGCCUACAAGACCAGUAACAUGCGAAUGAAGAUCAUCAAGAACGACUCCCCCAGCCACCCUCUGUACCUGGAGGGAGCCCUGACCAGGAGCACCCACUACCAGCAGUACCAGCCGGUCAUCACCCUGCAGAAGGGCUACACCGUCCACUGGGACCGCACGGCCCCUGCCGAGCUCGCCAUCUGGCUCAUCAACUUCAACAAGGGCGACUGGAUCCGCGUGGGGCUCUGCUACCCGCGAGGCACCAGCUUUUCCAUCCUCUCGGACGUCCACAACCGCCUGCUGAAGCAGACGUCCAAGACAGGCACCUUCGUGCGGACCCUGCAGAUGGAGAAAGUGGAGCAGAGCGUUCCUGGCCGCAGCCACUACUACUGGGACGAGGCGUCAGGGCUGCUGUUCCUGAAGCUGAAGGCCCAGAACGAGAGGGAGAAGUUUGCCUUCUGCUCUGCAAAGGGCUGUGAGAGGAUCAGGAUCAAAGCUCUGAUCCCCAAGAACGCAGGCGUGAGUGACUGCACGGCUGCGGCAUACCCCCGGUUUGCCGAGAGGGCCGUGGUGGACGUGCCGAUGCCCCGGAAGCUGGUCGGUGCUCAGCUGAAGACAAAGGACCACUUCCUGGAGGUGAAGAUGGAAAGUUCCAGGCAGCGUUUGUUCCACUUCCUGAGCGACCUCGCUUACAUCGAAGUGGAUGGCAGGAGGUACCCCAGCAUGGAGGAUGGCAUCCAGAUGGUGGUGAUCGACGGCAGGCAGGGGCGCGUGCUGGGCCACGUGAGCUUCAGGAGCGCCAUUCUGCAGGCCGUACCGUGGCAGCUCUUCAGCUACGUGCUGGCCCUCCCCGACAAUUCCAUAGUUCUCAUGGUAUUGAAGGGAAGACACAUCUCCAGGGGCCCGUGGACUCGAGUGCUAGAGAAGCUCGGGGCGGACAAGGGGCUCAGGUUGAAAGAGAAAACAGUGUUCGUCGGCUUCAAAGGCAGCUUCCGGCCCACCUGGGUCACUCUGGACACCGAGGACCACAAGGCCAAAAUCUUCCAAGUCGUGCCCAUCCCCGUGGUGAGGAAGAAGAGGCUGUGAGGACGACUGUCACCCUGGGGCCGUCCUGUGUGGACUGGGACGGGGGACUCUUGGCAGCGGACCCGGGUAGGGUGGCUGGUCCCUGCGCAGCCCCUGUGCACGAAGGUCGUGGGUCCAGGUGGGAGCCAAGGGAAGGACACAGACCCCUGGCACCUCCGUCUGCCCCCACCCGUGCGUCUGUCUACCUGCAGCCCGGGGAGGUGCUGGAUACCUGUCCUCCCUGUGGUCUCCUGGGUGCUUCUCUCCCCGCCGUGCCUCUCCCGUGGGAGGUGUAGGGACCACGCGAGGAGACCAGCCUGCCCCGGCAGCAGGGGCCACUCUGGCGGGGAUGAAGACAAGGUGCUGGGCCCCUGCAGACCCCACGCCCUCAGCACACACACUGGGAGUAGAUGCAGGAAGAGCUCUGGCCUCAUGGAGACCUUUGUCCCGUAAGCAAGAACCAGCCAUCUCAGGAGUGUUAGCAGUGGGACAUUCAGAGCUGUGGGGUCAGAACUGCCUGCCCUUGGGGGAAGGGUGAGGCCUGUAAACCCGUCAGGAAAUUCCAGUCCCAGGUUGGGAUCAGCAGACUACAGGACUUUUAAAACCCCUUUCAGUUUAGACAUUUGGGAAGCCUGUGGCUUUAUGUAGUGCCUGGAACCCAGGAGUGGGUGGGAGCGCCCCUGAUGCUGGGUGCCGGGGCCCACAGGAUGGCAGGGCAGUGCCUGGGAGGGCCUUCCAGGCUUGAGGACCGGCAGUCAGGCACAGGCGCCCUUGGACACCAGGCGGAGAGGCCAGAGAGUGUAAAAUGGGGACCAGCACCCAUUCGGAGAGGGAAAGGUUUUACCUGUCCCGGGAAGGCCUCAGGUAGGGAGAGGCAGCGGGGCAGCCUCCACUGUGCUCAGACCACCUGCCAGCCCACGCGCGGGGCACAGGGCUGCGGUCGUCCGUGGUGCUCCCUGUUCCGUAGCUCUGCCGGUGCAGCCCAGCACACAGCACCGCACACGCCAGAACGUUCUCCGUGAGCCACCUCGGCUGCUCGCGGGGCCUGAGGAGCCGUGGGGUCCACCCCAGGCCCUGCAGCUACUGCUCCAUCCCCUGCCCUGGGGAGAGAGCGGGAGCUCCUCGAAGAGGGAAAACUACCUGUGGUUCAUACUCUCGUGCCGCGCCAGCUCCCUCCCCGGCCACACUUCUUCCGCAGGGAGGGCCCAGCUGCACCCCCGAGACUCGGUCCGAGCCCAUUCCUUAGGUUGAGCCAACUGCCAGAGAGGUGUUGCCACCAAAUGGCAGGAUGUUUGAUGCUAGGAGGUGACAAGAGGACUCUGCCUCUGGCCACAGGGCAGCCUCCCAGCCCCUGGUCCCAGGGGGGGGACCCCUUGUGGGCAGAACAGUGGAGGGGGAGGCAAGUUACAGUGACCUCGUGUUCGUCUGCGUCGUGUUUCUCAGUCUCCUCUCGUGCAAGGGUCUCACACUGUGAACCCCUCGGGAUGCGCUCACUGCAGGCGGCCAGGGAUGCUGACCGUCCGAGGUUCAGCCCGUUUCAGGAAGCAUCUGUUUGAGGGUCCUCCUCUCCCAAACUGUGCUCCAGCAGCCGAUGUCCAGGCGUGCUCCUGGUGGCAGCGAUGCUCCUACUGCCUAGGAAACGGCCUUGUCCCUUCUGUGCGUGAGCAUCAAAGUGAGUCAGGCUCUUGAGAACAGCACACCUCUGCCAUGCUGGUCUUUCUCCUGUCGCCGAAAUAGCAGGUCCUUUUUCGGGAGUUCGCUGUAUAGUGUGUUUUGUAUGUAAACAUUUCUUGUAGGCGUCACCAUGAACAAAGAUAUAUUUUCUAUUUAUUUAUUAUACAUGCACUUGGAGAAGUCCUUGUCAGAGAAAUGAAGAACUGUCUUAAGUGUUGUGUCCGGGGAGUCCUUUGACAGCCUGAAAGUGCCCCAGAGCCUCUGCUCUCACCAGGGUACAGGGCCCUGCCGUGGGAACCCUCGCUGCGCCAUGGUAAACGUACAAAGGAUGCCACCCUGUCUGUCUUCCUCCACCG